UUGCUGACUUUGCCAUUACGUAGGUACGUAAGUGUUGGCGUAGUGCUUUGCAUUUCUCUACAAAAUGCCCAAAUAUUGUGAGAAAAGCUACAGCAGUUGUUGCAGUUGAUAAAUUCAAAUGUUUAUGCAGCACAUUUGCAUUUAUCGUUAUCGUCGUCGUCGUUGCCGUUGUCGUUGUUGUUGCUGUUGUCAUCGUUAUUGUUGUUGUUGCUGCUGUUGUUGGCAAGAUGGAACAGGAGAUUGGCACCUGGGACUCGGUGCUGUUGGAAAACCUCUCCGAGGAUAGCUUCAUAAACAACAUACAUCAGCGCUAUAAACGCGAUCACAUCUAUACCUACAUUGGAACCUCUGUUGUGGCUUUGAAUCCAUAUCAUCACAUAUCCGAGCACUCGCUGGAACACAUACGGAACUAUGGCAAUAAAGGCAUCUUUCAGCUGCCACCACACAUCUAUGGACUCACCAAUCUGGCGUAUCAAUCGCUCAAGGAUCAGAGCGAGGAUCAGUGUGUGCUGCUCACCGGCGAAGGCGGCUCGGGCAAAACGGAAACCUUCAAAAUGAUUGUCAAUUUCCUGACACACAUCCAGGAUCGCUCGAUGUCGCAGUCGCAUCCGCAUCCAUUGCGCAAACAGUCCUCGAGCAGCUCCACGAGCGGUGGCGUUGUCUUGCAUGCCCACAGACGUGCCUCGAGCAGCUGCUUAGGCAAUGCCAACUUUAUCAUUUGCAAGAACCAAGGCAACAGCGCGUCAACAACAACAGCGUCGCGUCGCCAGUCGCCUUCUCCUGGCCCAGGACCAGGAGCGUGUUCACGAUCGCGCACCGAAAGCAUUGAGCGACAGGCGCGACGUCAUAUGCGCGAGAAGAUCGUGGACUUUGAUUUUUCGCAUCACAAAAGCACCGAAAACAUAAGCACACUGCUGGAGUCAGCAGGCAGCCAAGGCCAAAGCCAAGGACAAGGCCAGAGCCACUUGCAUCCAACGAAAUCCUGCUUCAAGCAUCAACAAACACAAGUGAACAACACUGCCCACAGCCCAUCGCCCAAGUAUUUGCACGCCGGCUGUCGCCAGUGCGGCCACAGCAAAUGCACACGCGCCCAGAGUCUGGAGAAGGAGGAACGCGAGGCCGCUCUGCAAAUGCUGCGUGGCAGCAACACUCGCCUCACGUCCUCGGUGACGGUGCAUCAGCGUGGCAGCUGCUCCAAUCUGGUGCGACAGCAUUCAACAGAGAGUCAACCGGAGCGACAGGCUGUCAUGGGCUCCACUCAACGCAUCUCGCUGUACGAUGCACAUAAGCUGAGUAAGGUGCUCGGCAGUGGAGGUGGCGGCGGCGGAGGAGGAGGAGGAGGUGGCAGCAGUUCAGUGUCGCCCACGCCUUCGGCCAGCUCCUCGCUGCAUCGACGCCACAAGUCACCGAGUCAGCGGCUUCGCGAGUGCGUCACUUGCGCUGAUGUCUUCCUGGAGGCCAUGGGCAAUGCCUGCACGCUGAAGAACAAUAAUUCCAGCAGAUAUGGCAAACUCUUUGACAUUGAGAUUGACUUCAAAGGCGAUCCCAUGGGCGUGCACAUCACACACUAUAUGCUGGAAAAGACUCGCAUCACGGACACCAUGAUUGGCGAACGCAAUUUCCACAUAUUCUAUCAACUGCUGCUCGGUGCGGAUUUGCAGCUGCUUAAAUCCUUGAAGCUCUUUCGCAAUGUGGAAAAGUAUGAACUGCUGCGCAACACAACUGCCAUGGAGGAAGAUCGCGCCAACUUUCACUACACAAAGCGCUCUUUGGAUGUGCUUGGUCUGAGCUGUGAUGAGAUCAAUUCAAUUUUUCGCGUCAUUGCCGUCGUGCUGAAGCUGGGCAACUUUAUCUUUGUGCCCGUGACCAAUAUCGACGGCACCGAAGGCUGCCAGAUAUCCAAUGUCUAUGAGGUGCAGGAGACGGCGCAGCUGCUCAAUUUGGAAGCUCAAAUUUUAAUCAAUUGCCUGACGCGAGCGAACAGCACGAGCAGCACACAGGAGGAUGUGGGCUGUGAGAUGGACGCCCGACAGGCGGCCAGCUAUCGGAAUACGCUCUGCCGCACGCUCUACAGUCGCCUGUUCACGUGGCUGGUGAACAAGAUCAACGAGACGUUGAAGUCAACGCAGCGAGAGAAGAAUCUGGCGUUGCUCGAUUUCUAUGGCUUCGAGGUGCUGGAGCACAACUCCUUUGAGCAGUUUGCCAUCAACUACAGUGCCGAGAAGACACAUCAAAACUUUGUGUUCAAUGUGCUACGUGCAGAGCAGGAGCUGUAUUUGCGUGAGGGUUUGGAAUGGUCGCGCAUCGAUUACUUUGACAACGAGUCCAUUUGCGAGCUGAUCGACAAGCCCAGCUAUGGCAUACUCAGUCUCAUCAAUGAACCGCAUCUAAACAACAACGAGGCGCUGCUGCUUCGCAUCCAACAAUGCUGCGCAGGGCAUCCGAAUUUCAUGACCAGCGGCAGCAAUUCCAUGUGCUUUCAAAUCCGUCACUUUGCAAACGUUGUCAACUACUCGGUGCAUCGCUUUCUCGAGAAGAACUCGGACAUGCUGCCCAAGUACAUUAGUGCAGCCUUCUAUCAGAGCAAACUCUCGCUGGUGCAGAGUCUCUUUCCCGAGGGAAAUCCUCGACGACAGGCCAGCAAGAAGCCCACAACACUCAGCUCGAAUAUACGCACGCAACUCCAAACGCUGCUCGCAAUUGUGAAGCAUCGUCGUGCCCAUUAUGUGUUCUGCAUCAAGCCCAACGAGUGCAAGCAAUCGCAUCAGUUCGAUCUGGCUUUGGUUCAGCAUCAAGUGCGCUACAUGUCGCUGAUGCCGCUGGUUCAUCUUUGCCGGACCGGGCACUGCUAUCAUCUGCCACAUGUGAAGUUCUUUCAGCGCUAUAAGCUGCUCAACAGCUUGACAUGGCCGCAUUUCCAUGGCGGCAGCCAAGUGGAGGGCAUUGCUCUGAUCAUCCGCAAUCUGCCGCUGCCAUCGGCCGAGUUCACGCUGGGCACCAAGAAUGUGUUCGUGCGCAGUCCGCGCACCGUCUACGAGCUGGAACAAUUCCGUCGGCUGCGCAUCUCCGAGCUCGCGGUGCUCAUCCAGAAGAUGUUUCGCAUGUAUCAUGCACGCAAACGCUAUCGACGCAUGCGUCACAGCCAGAUGGUCAUCUCGAGUGCGUGGCGCACGUGGCGCGAGUGCCGCUUUGGCAUUCCCUUCACGGGCCGUCGGCACUUGUGGAGUUUAUAUCGUGUUGCACGUGAAGAGUAUCGCACGCUGAAGUACAAGCGACAGGUGAAGUGGGCCGUCGAUGUGAUUGCUCGGUACUAUCAUCAAUGGAAGAUCAGGCAGUAUUUGUUGACCAUUCCCCUGCGUCUGCCGCCCAACACGCUCAGUCCACUCUCCUCGGAGUGGCCAGCGGCGCCCACAUUUCUGAUGGAUGCCUCGCGACUGCUGCGUGCCAUUUAUCAUCGCUGGAAGUGCUACAUUUAUCGCAACUCCUUCGAUCAGACGGCGCGCAAUCGCAUGCGAGAAAAGGUCACAGCCAGCAUUAUUUUCAAGGAUCGCAAAGCUUGCUAUGCGCGCAGCGUGGCGCAUCCCUUUGUGGGCGACUAUGUGCGGCUGCGUCAUAAUCAGCAGUGGAAAAAGGUCUGCGCCGAGACUAAUGAUCAGUAUGUGGUAUUUGCGGACAUUAUCAACAAGAUCGCACGCUCCAGUGGCAAGUUUGUGCCCAUUCUGCUGGUGCUGUCCACAUCCUCGCUGCUGCUGUUGGAUCAGCGCACGCUGCAAAUCAAGUAUCGAGUGCCUGCCUCGGAGAUUUAUCGCAUGUCUCUGAGCCCCUAUCUGGAUGACAUUGCCGUCUUCCACGUCAAAGCGUCGGAGUUUGGUCGCAAGAAGGGCGACUUUGUGUUCCAAACGGGUCAUGUCAUUGAGAUUGUCACCAAAAUGUUUCUGGUCAUUCAAAAUGCCACCGGCAAACCGCCCGAAAUACACAUAAGCACAGAAUUCGAGGCAAACUUUGGCCAGCAGACGGUCAUCUUCUCAUUCAAAUACGGCGGCAUGUCGGAUUUGGCACAAGGACCGCCAAAGGUCACGCGCAAGGCGAAUCGCAUGGAGAUCAUUGUAUGAUCAUUGAGUUGCUGCCACCAUCAUCAACACCACCACCAUCAGGGUCCAGCUGAAAAAGAACAAACAGUUUUUAAACUUACACUUACUACUAUUGUUUUCCCUAUGUGCACUUUGACUUUCACUUGGGUCCCCGGGACCAAGCCACAAAUUGACAUAUGAACGUGCUUUUUUCUUUCAUUUUUGUGCUCACAACUGACAAUCAGUCUUUGAACAAAAUGUUGUCAAAAAUUGUGCCAAGAAACUAAAAGGAAAACGAUGAAAAAACAACAACUGCACCCAAUUCUUUUGCAUUAAAUAAUGUCUAAGUAUUAAUUAAGUUAACUAAACUAAUCGAAACGAAAGAGAAACAGAAACGAAGGAGCAACUGAAUUUAUUUAACUAAUUUGUCGACACUAGGUUUAAAUUGUAAGUGAAGCACCAAGUCGAUUAGCAUUGCAAACUACGUUAGGAACGUGGCACAGAAGACAGUUAGACAGUUAGAAAGACAGCGAGGCGUUAGAAACAUUUUACACAAAUAUCGAAAGUAUAUAUACAUACAUAUAUAUAAACAAUUUACUUAUUUCCGUUAAUAGAAAAAGAAACGAAACCGAAGCAUUUCUCUUAAAUUUAAGGUUUCAUACACAAUAAUUAGUGAACUAAUAAUGCUAGAGAGACCGCAAUAACAAACAAAUAUAUAUGUAUACAAUGCCCCUGUGAGAGAGAGAUACAAUAUAUAUAUAUAUAUAUAUACUUACUAGAACUAUAUAGUUUGGUAAACAAAAUACAACUAGUGUGUGACAAGAAACAACUUUUUCCCCAAGAAAAACCAAUAAAAAAACGUUAAUUAAGCCAACUAUUUACAAGCCAGAACAUGUAGUUAAAUAUUUAAAAAAAUAUAUAUAUCUAUACACUCAUCAUAAAUCUAUAUAGUAUAUAUAUAUACAGACAUAUAACGAAAGUGAGAGAAUCUGAAACCAAAGGAAAUA